AUGUCGGUCGGUGAAAUAUUCUCAAACGCGCAGCAGUCUCUUGUCGGUCACAAGGCUCUCGCGAAACGACUGCGCCGGCUCGAAGACUCGCCGAACUUCGAAGCGCACCUCAAACAAUGCGUCUUCCGACUGCUCGACGUGAGCAAGUCCGAAGCAGCUGGGACUCGCGUCAUCAAGUUCCUCACAACCUAUCUCGCUUCAGAUGAUGCCUCGAAUCAGAUAUCUUCCAGCAUUCUGUUGGCCAUCCUCCCCUUCCUUUGCGCCAAAGACAAGACGAUCCGGUAUCGCGCGACGCAGAUCACCUGCCAAAUUCUUGGAGUCUUGCAAGCAAUCGACGAUGACUUGUACAAGGUCAUCAGACACGAGCUCAUCAAAAGGCUGAGAGACAAAGUACCUGCGAUCCGACUGGAGGCGGUCAUGGCAUUAGGUCGGUUGGUCGAGAGCGAGAUGGAAGAGGAGGACGAUGAGCAGGACUCUGACGGGGACUUUGCGCCUGGCUUGCUUGAUAAACUACUGGAUGUCCUGCAAAACGACACCAAUGCAGAAGUCCGACGAGCGCUGUUGGUCAACUUACCUGCGACACCCAAGUCUCUGCCCUACCUACUCGAGCGUGCCAGGGAUCGUGACGGACCAACUAGGAGAACCCUCUAUGCAAAACUGCUCCCCAAACUGGGCGACUUCCGACACCUAUCUUUGUCCAUGCGAGAAAAGCUGCUGCGAUGGGGGUUGCGAGACCGUGACGAGCGAGUGCGCAGCGCCACAGCCCGAGUUUUCCGAGAACAUUGGAUCGAAAAUUGCGCAGCGACCGAGCUGGCGAACUCUGUCGAGGACAGGGAUGAAACGAACGGGGACCAAGAGACAGGCGAGAAGAAGGAGAAGAUGGGGUUCUACGAGCCGAACAUCGCUGCCUUGCUCGAACUACUGGAGAGAAUUGACACUGUGAAUAACGGCAACGAAGACGGGGUUGCGCUCGAGGCAAUGAAGGAAUUCUGGGCCGGGCGUCAGGACUAUCUUGACGCAGUCACCUUCGAUGAUGAAUUCUGGGACCAUUUGACUCCGGAGUCGGCAUUCAUGGCACGAACGUUCAAUGAUUACUGUCAGUCAGAUCCGAAAUACUACGGAUUGAUUGAGGAGAAGAUGCCCGAAGUCACACGCUUGGGAUUUCACCUCCAGAAGCACAUCAAUGAGCUCACCAGUCGAGUCCAAACCGCUACCGAAGCGGGCACGGAUGAAACUAUGGCGCUGCAGACGGAGCAAGAGUUCAUUGUCGAGCAACUGCUCUACAUCGCUCAGUCACUUGACUACACUGACGAGAUCGGGCGACGCAAGAUGUUCUCGUUGCUUCGGCAUGCUCUCUCGAUGGCAGAUCUCCCCGAAGAUUGCACUCGGCUGGCCGUAGAAGCGCUCCGGCUUGUCUGCAACCCGGAUGCUGCGGGCGAGCGUGAAUUCACCGCGGUCGUACUCGAAGCCAUCGCAGAAGUGCACGAUAACAUCGCCUCUUCCGACCUCGAAGACGAAGCAGACAACGACGAUGAAGACAGCUUCGUUUCCGCCAGAAGUGAAGUAAGCGGCGAUUCGACACCCAAGCAAAACGAGAGCAAAAACAAGAAGAACAAACCACCUCUUACCGAGGAGGAACAAGAGGCUAACGCCAUCAAGGAGAUUGUCAUCAACAUGAAAUGUCUACACAUCGCGCAAUGCAUGUUGCAGAACGUGGCUGGCAACUUGCAAUCAAAUAUCGACUUGCGCACCAUGUUUGACAAUCUGGUGAUUCCGGCCGUGCGGUCUCAUGAGUCUCUGAUACGAGAACGAGGUGUUCAGUGUCUGGGCUUGUGCUGCUUGCUGGAACCAAAGCUGGCCGAUGAGAACAUGCGGCUGUUCACGCACCUGUUGAAAAAGGGCCACGAGUCUCUGCAGGUCAUAGCAUUGCAGAUACUCUGCGAUAUCGUUCUUGCCCGAGGCCCGCCUCCAGCAACGCCGGCUUCACUGGACGAUCCGUCGGCGGCAUCUCCCAACACAAGCAACGAAGGAGAAGCAAUCGCGUCUACCAACUCGACCAAAGCCCUGACGUCCCUCCUGUCGCCCUUCAUCAAAGCCCUCUCCGCCACGUUCCCGGACGAGGUGCGCCUCGUCUCCACCACCUCGCUGUGCAAAUUCAUGCUCUGCGGCUUCUACACGGGCAACGAAGGCCUCUUUGAUCAGAUUGUCGAGCGUGCCAUCGGUGUGAGCGCCAAGGGAUGGGAAUUGUUGGAGAAAGUGAGGAACGCGGUGCAAGUCGAAGGGAAGACCAAAGAUACGCAGGAUACCAAGGAGGGAGCAAAGACGCCCAGGAAAAGCCAGGCGAGAAGUAGCAAUGACGGUGGUAUUGUUGAGCAUGCGAACGAAAGACUCAGCGGCGAGGGCAUCGAGCUGUGA